UCGCCCUAUCUUCCUAACAAAGGCUGUAUUUUGACAAAGAUGGACCCUGAUUUGUUGCCUCAAUUAAGAAAUGAUUGCUGGACACCCAAUAACACUGUGGUGAUCUUGAUAUGGAUCUCUCGUCAGUGGUACAGAAUAUAAACAAUGUGACUAAAUUUGUUCUCCUUGGCCUCACCCAAAACGAUGAACUGCAGAAAAUUUAUUUUGUGGUGUUUCUAUUCUUCUAUCUGAUCAAUGUGUUGGGAAACCUCCUGAUUAUUGUCACUGUCAUCUUGAGCUCCCGUUUGAAUUCUCCCAUGUAUUUUUUCCUCAGCUACUUAUCUUUUGUUGAUAUCUGCUACUCUUCUGUAACAUGCCCAAAAAUGAUAGCUGACUUGCUUACUGAAAAGAAAACAAUUUCAUUCAUUGGCUGCAUAGCCCAGCUCUUUGGGGUCCAUUUCUUUGGCUGCACGGAGAUUUUCAUCCUCACUGUGAUGGCGUAUGACCGGUAUAUUGCAAUUUGUAAACCGCUCCACUAUACCACCAUUAUGACCAAGCAGGUAUGUGGGCAGAUGGUGGCAUACUCAUGGUUUGGAGGGCUUAUGCACUCUUUGGUGCAGACACUUGUGAUCACGCACCUUCAGUUUUGUGGACCCAAUGUAAUUGACCAUUAUUUCUGUGAUGUUCAUCCAUUACUGCAGCUGGCUUGCACAGAUACAUAUGUUGCUGGCAUCAUAGUGGUGGCCAACAGCGGGAUGAUUGCUUUGAGUUGCUUCCUCAUCUUGGUUGUGUCAUACAUUGUCAUUUUGGUCUCCUUGAGAUCUCACUCUUCUGAAGGGCGCCGCAAGGCUCUCUCUACCUGUGCCUCCCACAUCACAGUAGUCAUUUUAUUUUUUGGUCCAUGCACCUUUACCUACAUACGCCCUUCCAGCAACUUCUCAGAAGAUAAGUCAGUGGCUCUGUUUUACACAGUCAUCACCCCCAUGCUAAACCCGUUGAUCUACACAUUAAGAAAUGAGGAGAUGAAGAACGCCAUGAAAAAAUUGUGGCACAGGAAAGUGUCCUCGAAUGAGAAGACAAAAAUGUGAACACAAUGGGAGCAAAACUUAUUCGAAUAUACAGUCCCAUUCUAUAUUGUUAUGUAAUCUUGUGUCUUGAUUAUAUGUAUCUUUCAAAUUUCCUUGUAUUAUUUUGCACCGACUUGUGUUUUCCUGUUUGGAUGAUUCAUUGUGCAAUUAUACUGUGUUAGUUUUAUAUUUAUAUUAGUUCUCCCUCACUUAUACACACACAUUUGCCUUUGGCAGGACUACCUAUUUGCUGUUUUACUUUGUGCACAUUAAUAGUGCUAUAUUAAUGUGAUGAUAUCAGUAACAUUCUUGGAACCUAUCUGUUGGUUGCAGACCCAUUUAUUUUUCCAAGCUGUUAAUAAAUUUCAGUUUCAGUUUAA